GUGAAGACGUGACUAAAAGAAAAAGAAGAAGAAGAAGAGAAAGAUAAGAUGUCGGUGGAGAACCAAAACGGCACCGCGACUGCUGUCCCGUUGCAAACGAAUGGGAUAAAAUCAUCGAUAACGAGCAUAUCGACUACCUCGUCGGCGGUCGCCUCGGUCGGCGGCCGCACGAUACCGAACAAUUCGUCCUACCUCUACAGCACGAGUUCGGUACUGAAUCGCGAAAAAAACCGUCAAGCACCGCCCACCUUGCCAAAGUACACGUCGAGCUUCAAUGCCGGGACUAACGGCAAUGCCGAAAGACUUGCCAGGGAACGAGAGUCCGGCGGCAGCUACCGGCUAGCCAGUUUGGACAGACUGGCCCUCAGACAAAGGAUAUUGGAGGGCGAGGGGAAGCCCAACGGCGACGCCGCAUCGACGAUCCAGACGAAGCGCGAGCUGUUCUUCAAAGCGGACAGCGGCAGUCUCCCGUCUUCUCCGUCGGUCCCGCCGCCUCAACCUCCGACCGCCGCGGCUACCGGAACGACGUUGACGUCGAGCGUACCUCCAAGCGUAGCGCCUCCUUCAGCACCUACGAAAGCUCGGCUGCCGCAGACUAGCGUCACUCUGAACCAGAAUGACUCCGAGGACAGCAACAAACGCGAGUCGGCUAAUAACAGGUCGACCGACACCAAGGACUCGAGGUCCGCGCCGACGACUAAACCCAAGGAACUCGACGGCUACGUAGGAUUCGCCAAUCUUCCAAACCAAGUGUACCGGAAAGCCGUGAAAAAGGGAUUCGACUUCACGCUUAUGGUUGUCGGUGAAUCUGGUCUUGGGAAAUCGACUCUCAUAAACUCCAUGUUCUUGGCUGAUAUAUACAGUUCCGAGUACCCUGGUCCGAGUCUUCGAGUAAAAAAAACUGUCGCCGUUGAAACCAGCAAAGUUCUUCUCAAGGAAAACGGAGUAAACUUAACUCUGACCGUAGUGGAUACUCCAGGAUUUGGUGAUGCCGUCGACAAUAGUAAUUGCUGGGUACCUGUCAUCGAGUACAUCGAGUCUAAGUACGAAGAAUUUUUAAACGCCGAAUCUCGCGUGACAAGAAAACAGAUUGCAGAUAGUCGAGUUCACUGCUGUCUCUACUUUGUGGCUCCAUCCGGUCACGGAUUAAAACCGUUGGAUGUAGAAUUUAUGCAACGCUUACACGACAAAGUUAACAUUAUUCCAGUUAUCGCGAAAGCAGAUACGAUGACACCAGAUGAAUGCGCACAUUUCAAAAAACAAAUAUUGAACGAGAUCGCUCAGCACAAAAUUAAAAUUUACGAAUUCCCAGAGGAUGAGGAGGAGGAGGAAAGUAAAUUACACAAAGUAUUAAGGGAUAGGGUACCGUUUGCUGUUGUUGGAGCAAAUACUGUCGUUGAACAAGAUGGUAAAAAGGUUCGAGGACGAAAGUAUCCCUGGGGUGUUGCCGAAGUCGAGAACCUUGAACACUGUGACUUCAUAGCGUUGCGAAAUAUGGUGAUUCGAACGCAUCUUCAGGACCUCAAAGAUGUGACAAAUAAUGUUCACUAUGAAAACUUUAGAUGUCGAACCCUGGCUGGUCUUGGUGUUGAUGGCAAACCGACGAGGAUUUCAAACAAUUUGUGCCCACAAGGAGUGAUGAACAGUUUCAUGACGGUGUGGAAUCCUCUUGCUCAAAUGGAGGAGGAAAAGCGAGAACAUGACAACAAGAUGAAAAAAAUGGAAACUGAAAUGGAACAGGUAUUCGAGAUGAAAGUCCGUGAAAAGAAACAAAAGCUCAAGGAUUCUGAGACUGAUCUACAGCGACGGCACGAGCAAAUGCGACGUUCGUUAGAGCAGCAGGUGCGCGAACUUGAAGAGAAAAGACGAGCAUUUGAGUCCGAAAAAUUAACUUGGGAGCAACAGACUGGUCAUAGCAUCGAAGAGCUUCGCAGACGCAGUUUAGAGGCUAACUCCAAAGAGGCCGUCGACGGCAAGGACAAAAAGAAUAAGAAGAAAGGCCUCUUCUAAUCGUACCAUCUCAGACAUAGAACUGUAUACCUAAACGAAUAGUGAAUGUACCAGUACCUUUGAGAUACAAUCUCCCGAGUCUGUGAAUUUUUUCCAUUUCCUGAUCCCUUUAUGCUUUGGAGAAAAAAAUUCUGUGUCGCUUAUGAUUUUUUUGUAGAAAAAUUCUGACAAAACUUAACUUUUGUAAUUUACCACAUGUUCGAAACACAUUAUUGUGCUGAAAGGAUCCCACGUUUCUGUAAAUGGAAUCCCGAAAGUGGAGUUUGGAAUUUUGUAACUUUGAGGUACAGGAAUGUAACAGUAUAAUGAGUCAUCAUUUCUUAAGUACGUCCGACAUUUUGCAUAAGUUACACAAAACUUAUUGGCGAACCAGAAAUGUCUCGUCGACUUCUGAUAACAGAAGAUGAAUGAAUGUUCAUUGUCAGUAUUGCUGUGCGCUAACUAUUUUACUAUAAAAUACAUGAGAUAUGGUUUUCAUUAUUGCAAGGUGGGUCUCUUGAGUGAUACGAAGAUACAUAAAUAACUACAAAUUGAUUAUUUUACCUAGAAGCGAACGCUGCUUCGUCAUAUCUUUUUCUUCAGUAUCUAAGUGUUGUAGUCAUCUAAUCAUUGUCCAAACAAGAAAAUUUAUAACUUUGAAUUGGUUAUCAAAAUUCAGUUUUUGUCGCGUAAAAUCAAUAUUGUCUGUAGCUGCUGAGCUGAUGAUUGCCAAUAAUUCAGUAUUUGAUAAAGCUACAAUUCUACAUAUAAAUUGAAUAAAUUUAUUUAUCAUGUUUACUGAUGCGAAGAUUAACCAUUUGAUUCAAUUAGGAAUACGUAUUUUCGCGAGUUGACUAUAUUGUUCAAAUGAAAACUUGAGUAAAAUAGAAAUUGUAUAAUUUGAUUUAAAUCUUCGUAGCCAAAAUAGUGGCCAUAUAUAUUUAUGUAUAAAUGAUAAAUUUUAAUCGUGUAAGCGUAAAAUAUAUCAAAGAGAGUCAGACAAGUUGGAAAUACCUAUGUAAUAAAAUUAGUGUAAUAGAUUUAACGUUCUCAGACAGUGUGUUCAUUCCAUGUAAUAAUUUACUGUCCUGUUACCGAAUCCAAUUCGCGUAAAGUCAAUCUUUGUUGAUAAUUUUCUUUCACGUCACAUUUCCCAGCAACUGUAUCAAAAUAUGAUUUUCCCAUGAGUUAUUUUUUUUUUUUUCCUUCUUUAAAUCUCCAUCGUAACAGGGCAGUAAGUUUUUAUCUAUGUAUAACGAAUUAUAAAUAAUUCAUUCAAGCCUUACACACUGCUUGAAACGUCAAGUGUACCUAGUUAAAAAUAAUUAAGCUACUUUUGUGCCAAGAUAAAAUUGAAAAAUUUUGUAACGCAAGCGAGCGGUUUUUCGCAUUUGUUAAGCAAGUCAUGAAAUUCCUCAGUGAAAUUCAUAAUUUAUUUGAUAAAAAAAGCCCCACGCUACAUUCCUAUUUUGUACGCAUUUUCUAGCAAUUGCUAUUUCCGUCGACUCGAUGCCAUGUUUUAAGUAGAGAGUGAAAAUAAAGUAUUCUAACUCCACGAUAAUAAAGUAUUUGAAAAAAAAUUCACUGCAAGUCACAACUUCGAACGCUGUAUAACAAUUUUGUACAAUGGGUCAAGUUGUUUCUAUCUACCACAUUGUCACAGACAAUUUUCCAGGAGAUUAAGGGGAUUGGGAAGAAAAACAUCUCGUACCGAGAUGUUGACGUACAAACUAAAAAAUUGUUUAAUUUAAUUAAAUCAUUGUGACCGCUGGUCAAUGAUUUUGUACAAAACUGGAUAAGCUGUUUUCGACGACUUUUACUCUCUGAUUAAUCAUACGUUGAUAAAAAUAUUUUCUAUGAAAACGGAUUUAUCUAAGUUUCAGAAUUGAAUAUUGUGACUCUGAUGAAGUUUUUGCUCUACUAUUCAGAGUAAUGUAUGUACUGUACGCACGUUUAGCAUUCGAGCUGAAAUCCGUUUAAAACUGAAUUCAAACGUUUAUCUUUUAUGAAUUUUGUCGUUUACAGAGAAAAGUAUGAUUAGUAUUUGUAUUUAUUUCUACAUUUCAUCAGAGUAUUUACAAACGAUAUAUAUAUAUUUGCAUAUGUACCGAAGAUUAUUACGAGAGAAAAAUGAAAGCUUGAAAAGUUCAUGAAACUUGCAUAAUGCAAUUUAUUUUUAAUAUUUAAGAAUCUAUCAGUUACUCGUACAUAUUCAAACAUGACCACAAUGGCAGAAUUUUUAAUUUACAGUCGUAGUCGUAAAGAAUUGACAUUACUUAGUAUUUAGAUGUUAAAUAAUUUACAGA